UCGUUGAAUGAAACAGUGUGCAGCGUAGCGCAAGAUGCGCCGUUAGAUUUGAGUUGUCGCAAUCCCGAAAGAAAAACGAAUUUGUUAAAUUCUUCGAAAUUUCAAAGAUGUUUACCUUGUCAAACGUGUGGCAAAAAUUUUGACAGACCUUCCUUGCUCAAAAGGCAUUUACGUACCCAUACAGGUGAAAAGCCACAUGGUUGCGCCGUCUGUGGAAAAAUGUUCAGUACAAGCAGCUCCUUGAACACACAUGUCAGAAUACACACCGGAGAACGGCCACACGAAUGUCCAAUGUGCGGAAAGCGUUUCACUGCUUCGUCAAAUUUGUAUUAUCAUCGAAUGACACAUUAUAAGGAAAAACCGCAUAAAUGCAACGAAUGCGGACGUUCUUUUCCAACCCCUGGUGAUUUAAGAGCUCAUGGGUAUUCUCACAGUGGUAACUGGCCGAUGCGAUGCUCGGUUUGCAAUCGAGGAUUUUGUAAACCUGGAGCUCUACAUCAUCACAUGCAAGUGCACAGUGGUAAUUAAUAUUAAUUAGACAUGGCGAAAUGUAAGAACUAACAACCGAUGGAUCUUUGACAGUCUGUGAACGAUAUCAUAGAAUAGGAGUAAUUU